CGAUAGUGCCAUCGAUAGUUCUCCACCUCUAGUCCCAACCAAUUUUGAAAAUAAACGGUCACCGUGCGCGUCGUCUUCUGCUGAAUUUUUGUAAAUUUUCGUUUGUUUGCCAAACCAUUUAAUAAGUGUUCAAGUAUAUUGUAAGCAGAUAAAAAUAAAAGCAACAAAAUGACAUCCACCGAAUUGAAAAUUGGAAUGACCAGCAGCGCUCGUCCCUCCAGCCGUGUACUGAAGCCACCGGGCGGCGGACACACCAAUAUCUUCUCGGAGCCAGAAACCGCCGUACCCGCCCCGCGUCCCAAAUACAAUCAGCAAAACUCUUCCAAUCUGAAUGCCUGCAUGGGAUCGACUGACCCCAACAAAGUGGUGGAAAAGUUGCGCGACGAGAUCACCUCCCCGAAGGAGGAAACCAAGACCACGGCCAACAGUCAGCCCAAAGAGUCCGGAAACAAGCCGGCGGCCACGAAUGGUGAGGCGCGCGGACGAGUACCACCCGGUGGAUUCUCGUCAGGCGGCUUCUGGUAGAAGAGGAGGCCCAGACAAGCAUUUAAUGACUCAUACACCAACAAAACAAAAAACAACAACACAUCCUCAGUCGCCCUCCCCACAGAGACAUACACAUACACAAUCAUCAACUAAACAUAAACCUAUAAAUAUAAAUCGCUUAUAAACAUACGUAUACACCAUACCUACAUUUAUAUAUAUAUGUAUUAAAAAAUCAUUAAUCGGAUCUGCAGGAAAAAGGAAGCCGCAGAAAUACAUACUACAUAGCUCUCUAAAAUCUAUCCCCUACCCUAUCCUAACCUAAUUCGUUGCCUUUUCAUGUAUUUCAUUAUUAUUCUAAACGUCUAACGCAUUUGUUGAACAUCUAAGUGACUCGUGAUUCCGCCCUAAACACAAAAAUAAUACGAAAAAAACGAACCAUGACUAAAGUUCUACCACCUAUAAAAUAACUACCAAAACGAAGCUUCUGAUUUUGCAUUUUGUACUUAAUAAGUGUCCCCAAAAGGACAACUUGUCAAAAAA